AGUGGUAACUAACCAAAGUCUCUCUACGUAACUUGUUUUCCCUACGCCAAAUUUUCGUCUGAGCAUCACACAAUAAAAGGCUGAUGGAUGCUCAAAAGACCCAUCACUUAAAUUUUUGAAUGCUCUAAACAUGAUUCCCAAUCAACGAAAACCGCAGACAAGAAAUGGUUAUGUUUUGUACCUGUAAAACUUGUUUUGGCUUUGAGUAAAGAGCCCUUGUUAUUGAUCUCUUCUGCUCUCGUUAAAGGCUUUCACGGUUGGCUUUGAUGGCGGAUCUUCUCUAGUAAUCUGCUAAAUACUAGUUUGACUGGUAUGCUGGGCCACGAGAGCUCGUGAGUUUGAUCCCCCAAAGUCUUUAUCCCGUUGAGUGCUUGUUCCUGGCCUUGGAAUGGGCAUUUGAUUGCAUAAUAAUUUUAUGUAAAAAUAGAGACAGACGUCUUUAGCGUCCAACCAUCUUGGACAACUAGGCCUCUCCUGUCACAUUAGAGAUCUCUUGGACCCUAGAUAUAACCAUUCUCUCCUUGGUUUGUACGUAACAGGAUAGUUAUCCCUAGGCCUACUAGUUUUUUGUUUCACUUCCUUUCCAAGCUCAAGAGCAUGGAGAAUGGCAUCUUCUCUACUGGAGUCGGUGCCAACCAUGGGUUCCAUUUCCCACCAAGACCAAGUAAGAAUGCGAGCUCUGUGAGAAUCUUUCUGCGUGAUCUGUUGUUCUGUUUCUGUCUCUUUUAAAUAAAUUAAAAGCUGUUUUGGAUCUAGAGCUGAACAAUGUGGUGGUGUUUCAUCCAUAUUUGCUUAUUUAAGCUCCCUCCACUUCUAGAGGAGAGUACAGGAUUCUUGAAUUUGAUUUUGGAAAGUACUGUAGUUUAAUCAAAUCUAAUUUUAUGAAACGACCUUCAAAAUCUAGUGAAAGAUAUUGAAGUAUUAUUUGAUUUGACAAGUAACUUGAUGGACAAGGAUCUAGAAGUCCAUUGCAAAGACUAAAAGGGGUUUCUCUACUUAACCCAAAUAUAGAUUUUCUGUUCAAAACAAUGAAAAAUAUAUCUUUCUUCAUCAAGAGAUUAAAUAUACUGAUAACUUUGCUGGCUUUACAAGACAAUAUCUUUUUCUAUUAUCAGCACAUGGAGACAGUUUAAUAAUUUUUUUUUUAAUAUGAUUGCCCAUUUGGCUUUACAAAACAAUAUUAUUUUUGUAUUAUCCGCACAGAAAGCAAGUUUAUUACAAAGUUAAUAUGAAUUCCCAAAUAAUAUUUAUUUUAUUAGUAGAUAAAGCAUGUUUAAUAGGAAAAAAUAAUUUGGUUGACCAAAAGAAACGUAAAAACAGAAACAAUCAUCUUUCCUAAUUUGAAAUGCUCGUUAAUUGACAGUUAUGAUCACCCUGGCAUACAUUGUCUUUUCCUUCUCUCUUCCUCCAUAUCUCUUUCCUCAGCGAUUUCAACGCACGUUGAGCUCAAAAUUCAGACAAGUCAAUUGUAUAAAACGUAGAGACCGAGAUCUUUAAGAGCUUUUGUCUCCUUGAACAAACUAUACUCACGUAUCUCGGGAUCCAAAUCAAGCUGCCGCAGCAAUGGUGUUUGAUGCCGAGAAGCAAUCGAUCGUUCAUGUCGAACAGGUUGGUGAUUUAUCUUUAAUUGGGCUUAGCUCAGUACAAGAACCUCUGAUAAAGCAGAAGCACACCCCAGAAAACUACUCUGUUCUUGCAGCCAUUCCCCCGUUUCUCUUCCCAGCUCUUGGAACAUUUCUUUUUGGCUAUGAGAUUGGUGCAACGUCUUGUGCUACCAUUUCUAUUAAGUCGCCUACGCUAAGUGGAAUCUCAUGGUACAACUUGUCUUCAGUUGAUGUUGGUAUCAUUACUAGUGGCUCAUUGUAUGGUGCCUUGAUUGGAUCCAUUGUGGCAUUUAGUAUUGCUGACAUUAUAGGAAGAAGAAAAGGUUUGAUUACUGCUGCAUUCUUAUACCUUAUUGGAGCAAUUGUUACUGCAGUGGCACCUGUCUUUCCUGUCCUGAUAAUUGGACGGGUUGUGUAUGGCAUUGGAGUUGGACUGACAAUGCAUGCGGCUCCAAUGUACAUUGCUGAGACUGCACCUAGCCAGAUACGUGGACGUAUGAUAUCACUAAAGGAAUUCUCCACCGUCUUUGGGAUGGUUGGAGGAUAUGGAAUCGGUAGCCUCUGGGUUACGGUUAUUUCUGGUUGGCGUUACAUGUAUGCAACAGUUAUUCCUAUACCAGUUAUUAUGGCAAUUGGAAUGUGUUGGCUACCAGCAUCUCCUAGGUGGCUUUUACUGCGCACUCUCCAGGGAAAAGGAGAUGUGGAGAGCUUUCAAGAGGAAGCAAUCAAGUCUCUUCGCCGCCUUAGAGGGUCUGUAGUAGUUGACAGAGCAGCUGAACAAGUAGACGAGAUCUUGGCUGAACUUUCCUCUGUGGGUGAGGAUAAAGAAGCUACAAUUUGUGAACUGUUUCAAGGCAAAUGCUUAAAAGCUCUCACUAUAGCAGGAGGUUUAGUCUUGUUCCAGCAGAUAACUGGACAGCCAAGUGUACUUUAUUAUGCACCAUCUAUACUACAGACUGCUGGCUUCUCUGCUGCAACUGAUGCAACUCGGAUCUCGAUUCUGCUCGGUCUGUUGAAGUUGGCUAUGACUGGAGUUGCUAUUAUAGUGAUCGACAAACUUGGAAGGAGGCCUUUACUUCUUGGUGGUGUUAGUGGCAUGGUGCUCUCAUUGUUCCUCAUGGGGUCAUACUACAUAUUUUAUAAUAAUGUACCAGCUGUUGCUGUGGCUGCAUUGCUACUCUAUGUGGGCUGCUAUCAGUUAUCCUUUGGCCCUAUUAGUUGGUUGAUGAUGUCAGAGAUAUUUCCCUUAAAAUUAAGAGGCAGAGGAAUCAGCAUAGCAGUGCUUGUGAAUUUUGGUACAAACGCACUUGUGACAUUCGCUUUCUCACCUCUGAAGGAGCUGUUAGGAGCUGGAAUCCUGUUCUGCGUAUUUGGAGUGAUAUGUGUACUAUCUCUCUUUUUCAUAUACUUCAUUGUGCCUGAGACAAAGGGUCUCACUCUUGAAGAAAUUGAAGCCAAAUGUCUCUAAAAAGGUUUCUCAUCUUAGCUCCAUUUUCGUUGCUGCUUUAUUUGCUUGAGGCUCAGAAUGGAAAAAGCAGUAAACCACAGAUGGCGUCGCCAUUUACCAUGGAAUUUAACUCUUUGGUCAAAAAAGAUUUGGUACAGUGUAGCUCGUGGCAAUAGCUUGGCUAGUUGGACAACUUUUUUAUAUAUUUGAAUGGGGUCUUAAUAUGUACUGUAAAGUGUAAGAAAUUCCUCACACAUUGUUGGACCACUAAUGAUUUGAACCAUGUGCCAAUCAUCUUAAACGUGUCUUCAUUUAUUUAUUUUUAAGUUAUAAUAGUUCAAUAACAAAAAAAAAUUUAAAUUCCAA